AUGCGUCAACUCACUGAACAAGAGACGAAAACGCUUUUCGAGAAACUGGCCAACUAUACUGGUCGCUCGUUGAACAACCUCAUUACUACAUCCGAUGACCCCAAUGACCGAUAUGUAUUCCGUCUCCAUGGAAAUCGUGUCUAUUAUAUGAAACUGUCCUUGGCCAAUCUUUCCACAGCCAUUCCUCGCGCAAAUCUUCUCUCGCUUGGUACCUGCAUCGGGAAGUUUACUAAGAGUGGUCAGUUCAGGCUGCACAUCACCGCCCUGGAUGUGAUUGCUCCCCACGCGAGAUACAAGGUCUGGAUCAAACAGAACGGAGAGAUGCCCUUCCUGUACGGUGGAAAUGUGGUAAAGGCGCACGUCAAUCGAUGGUCAGACGAUUGUCCAGAACACGCAGGUGUUAUUGUCUUCAACUCGAAUGACACUCCUUUGGGCUUUGGAGUUACUGCCCGGUCCAGCGCUGAAGCGAGGAAAUUGGAACCAACAGCCAUUACCGUUUUCCGCCAGGGAGAUAUAGGAGAAUACCUGAGAGAGGAAGAUACCCUCUUUACGACUUAA